AUGCGCAGCUCACAGGAUGAUGAUGAUGAUGGUGAUGAUGAUGAUGACGGCGACGGCGACGGCGACGGCGCUGAUGGCGAUGAUGGCGAUGAUGGCGAUGAUGGCGAUGAUGGCGAUGAUGGCGAUGAUGGCGAUGAUGGCGAUGAUGGCGAUGAUGGCGAUGAUGGCGAUGAUGGCGAUGAUGGCGAUGAUGGCGAUGAUGGCGAUGAUGGCGAUGAUGACGAUGAUGACGAUGAUGACGAUGAUGACGAUGAUGACGAUGAUGACGAUGAUGACGAUGAUGACGAUGAUGACGAUGAUGACGAUGAUGAUGAUGAUGAUGAUGAUGAUGAUGAUGAUGAUGAUGAUGAUGAUGAUGAUGAUGAUGAUGGUGAUGAUGAAGAUGAUGAUGAUUAUGCUGAUGAUGGGAUGAUGAUGAUGAUGGGAUGGUGA